AUGGUUUCACAGAAUGUCCGCGAUGAAGAUGCGAAGAAGCUGCUCAGUUUCAUCCACAACCAUGAACAUCUCGAUGACGCCCGAGGUAAUCCACAAAAGAUUCUAGCUCUUAUGGAAGAGUUUGAUAACCAUCAUCAUAUGAUGAUAGUUGGCGGACCAAAAGGUCAAAUUGUGACCGAAUUGAUUGAGGAAUUAAAGCCGAAGACUAUGAUCGAGCUUGGAUGCUACGUGGGCUACUCUGCCAUCCUCUUUGGCGAUGUGGUAUGUCGCAACGGCGGUGAGCGCUACUUAAGUCUCGAGCUGAAUGCAGAGUGGGCAGCAGCAGCGAGUCAACUCAUCGAGCUAGCUGGUCUGCAGGAAUUUGUGCGGGUGAUUGUUGGUCGUAGCGAUGUCUCUUUGGAAAAGCUCCACCGCGAGGGCGACGUCACUCAGAUCGAGCUGAUUUUCAUUGACCACUACAAGCCUGCCUAUAUGACUGACUUGAAACUGUGUGAACACCACGGCAUGAUUGUCCCUGGCUCAGUUAUCGCAGCUGACAAUGUCAUUUAUCCGGGUAACCCGCCCUACCUAGAAUACGUCCGGAGCACAGUCGAGCAAAAGAGGGAGCUCGCUAAGGUUGGACCUUCCAAGGGAUACAAUACAACGGGUAUGCUGGAACGGGCUGUGCAUUCCUUUAUGCCCGAGGGCGAUGAACCGUUCUUCAACACAAUUGGGAAUCCCAAUCUCGUUUACCAGAGUGUGCUACGACAGCCUGAAGGCGAAAGUGAUGCAAUUGAAGUUACGCGCUGUGUAGGAGUCGAAGCAUAA